UAAAAUGGCUCGCUAGAGGGCGUCGGCUAGAUCUGGCCAAAAAUUUUCGUCUGACAAUUGAAUGGAUUUCCUAGGCCAAAGCGUUUGAUUCAUAGAUAUUGAUCGUUGUAUACCUGUUCGAACCCGUGACGUUCAACAAUGUCAACACAAUAUGAACAAAUACCCCCCUGGCGGAGGGAAUUUCUUGAAAAGAGACAGAGGGCUCAGGAAAUGGAACGACUCCGCCUGGAGAGUGCAGCCGAAAAACUCGCCAGUGUACCUAGUUGGAAAAGGGGUCUUUUGGAAAAAAAGAAGCAGCAGAUGAACUCGGUCGUGUAUACUGAUAAGGAAGGAAACGGUACAACUGUCAACGGUUACGGUAACCAUUCAAUCGAGAAAGAAGAACAUUUAUUACCAGUUAAUCAAAAUCCCUGGGUCAGGUCCGAUACCAAAAUUAAACACUCAAACCAACCAGCAAACAACUGUAAACUAAUAUCCAAUAACUUUAACGACUCUGUGUUCGAUGACUCAGAGAACACUGAAGUUGAAUACGGAGCGGGUUUUGUUCAUAAAAUAUUGCAAAAAUUCUCUCACAUGUCGACAAAUGAUUCUCAUCCAAAAAGAUCACAUAGUACGGAUUCUUUAGACGACAGAAAAACGGAGUCUAAGCGACGAAUUCAAUCAGAAAGGACAGACUGUGUUGAUCAGGAACCCAACAAGCUUCCUUCUAAAUCAGUGAGCGUGGAAUCUUUAAGCUCACUUGCUAACUCUCCUGGUAGAGUCCCACAAUCACCAUUGAUAUGCCGCUCUUCAAAUAAAGGUAGUAUUCCAGAGAAUGAAAGACCCAAGAAGAAUAUUGUGAAAUCAGCUCUCUCUAAAUUCCAAACUGGCCCAUUGAGCCCACCAACUUAUACAAAAAGAUCGGCACCGCUUCCACCUCCUUUUUUGAAAAAAACGGAUACAACUGAAAAGUCUAAUGGCUUCUCAAAUUCAAGCCAUUCCAAUGACCCUUGCUCACAAGAGUCUUUCCAGCACUCUUUAAAUAAUAAUGCUAACAUUCCAAGCCAUGAACGUGAUAAAAAUAAAAAGUCUUUACAAAAUGUGAUGAAUAAUUCCACAGAAGUUAUAACUGAAAUUGUUUCAGUCACAGAAGAAGUUAAAAAGGAAGAAUCUCCUAGAGAACCAACUAAACCUGCAAAGCAAAAUCAUUCCAAAACUCGAAAAACAAAUAUAUAUGACUCGGCUCAGGAGCGCACAGAUAGGUCGCACCUCAUUUUAGAAUUUUCUCAUAGAAACCCAGAAAAAAAUAAAAAUUCUACGAACAAAGGUGGUAAACCAGGAAAGUUUUCAUUUGGAGCCGCCUCAAACGUGGUCCCGAAGACGUAUAAUAAGCUAGUACUACAAACUCAUUUAACUAAAUACGAUGAUAUAAAAGAUAAAAAUGAUGAAGUUCGAACACUAGAGGAUUAUAAACAACAAGUUGAUGCUAAUGAAUACGAGAAUCUCCAGACAAAUAUUGAUGAUCUUACAAGUGACGAUGAUGAUAUUCCGGUGACAUAUAUUGAUGAUAUUUUAGCAGAAAAUGAAAUAGAUUUUAUAGGAGCUAACGUUAAAUUAAAUAGAAAUUUGUUAGAGAAGACAAAGAAACCAGGCUCGUUACGAAUUUCAUUCAACGACUCCGAAGAUAUUUUUGAAUAUCCAUCAGAAGCUUCACUAUGGCAGCCAGAACGUACCAAACCUAUCGAACCCUCUAAUAAACCCAGUAAAACAUUUGUGGAUAAUCCAGCUCUACGCUCUACUUCCUCUGGCACGUUGGGAUCGUAUGUGUCUUCUACUCAAGUAGACUAUGUUUGGGGAGAAAGGAAACCUGAAAGUCAGCCUAUUCAAUCAAAUAACAAGAAUGAAGAGAAGAUAUCUAGACAGCAAGAAUCUGCGGAUCACUCUUGGUCGGAGACUUCAAGAAGUUCUCAUUUAUUAUUUUAA